AUGGCUUCUUCCAACCCCCCAUACAUCCGACGCAACACUGAAACAUUGCUCGAUGUUGCCUCUGAUGUGAUCUGUCUGCUCCGCUCCGCCGGCGAAACGGUCGGCGUGGCCGAGUCGCUAACGGCGGGUGGCGUCAUGGCGGCACUCACUUCCGUCCCCGGCGCUAGCGCCGCCUUCCGUGGAGGUGUUGUCUCUUACGCCACCCCGUUGAAGCAGUUACUCCUCAACGUCGACAAAGAUCUCAUCGCCCGCGAGGGCGUGAUUCACGCAGACGUCGCCUCGCAGAUGGCCGUGGGCGCCAGGACAGCAACUUCCUUUGAUGGCAGCCCGACCACAUGGGGCCUCGGUACAACGGGAGUUGCGGGGCCAGACUUGCAAGACGGGAAACCCGUCGGCACGGUGUUUAUCGGCAUCGCCUCCCCGGACGGGAGUCAGGGCCUAGGUCCAUUCAUCUUCCCUGGGUCCAGAGACCGCGUGCGGGAAGCAACGGUCAUUGAAGCUCUCUCGAGACUGCGAGAUGCACUGGCGGAGAGAAUUAAUCACAAGGAAGAGCAGGAGAAGGGUGCCAACUCAGAGGCGAAAGGAACCAUCCUCCCGAAUGAGAUUCUCUCGGUUAUCCUAGGCAAUUUCUGCCUGCAUUGUCGCGAGCCAUUUCCAGUGCCAAUGCUCUACUUUCAAGAGCAUCAACAACAGACCCAUCGGCCAUCAUGGUACUCAUUAGAUCUCCAGGCCUUGUAUUCCGUGUGUUUGGUAUCGAGACAGUUUCGAGAUGUCGCCCAGUCCGUCCUUUACCACGAGUUCAUCCCUGGAUGUGGCGACUCUUGGGGAUCACUGGACUACACGUGGAACCGGCGCCUUGCGAACUUCCUCCGCACGGUAGCGCUACGGCCCGAACUCGCCGCUUCGGUCCAGAGAUUCUUUCUGAGCCAUUACCUCUUGAACCUCGCCGACCUCGGGCAUGAGGGUGUUGAAGCUGUCCUUGAGGAAGCGGCGCGAGCCCGGGGCAUAGUGCUCUCUACCUUCCUUGAAGCGUACCGGCGUUCACUGCCACCGAGUGAGCGCGCACGAUAUCGGCCUUCGGGCGACGAGGUGGCCGGCUUGCUCAUUGCGUGUCUUCCGAAUCUCAAGACACUCUACCUUACCGUGAAUGCGCCUCAAGAAUCCAUCCCUGCGGCUGCUCUCCGGGCCGCGGGCGUGUCACGGCUAUCCUUACAAACUCUCGAUGUUGCCUCGGGUACGACAUGUGAGAAUCUCGCUUCGCAUUUAGGCGGUCUUCUAGAGCUAUCAUCUCCGACGUUGACUACUCUGGACAUAUCCUUAUUUAGAUCCGAUAGAGGUGCCGAGCUGGGAUUUGCCGAUUGUUCCUUUCCUAAUCUUCGACAUGUGUCCGUCAUCGACAGUAGGAUAAGCGAGGCGCAUCUUGAACUGCUCUUGUCAUAUCCUGUUGGUCUUCAGAGCUUCCUAUACGACACUCGUGAAAACGACCAUUUGAUCGAACCACCGAGCAUCAUCAAGUUUCUCAGUAGGCAUAGUGAAACACUUGAAACCCUCCGUCUCGGCGUUCUAAAUAUCAUGGUUCUGGAGGGCAGAUUUCUGUCCCAGCCAUUAUCGAGCUUACAAAUCUUUCCCAACCUUUCGGAAAUCUCUCUCAACUCAAUCUUCAUAUUCAAUGACAUCAACGAGAUCCCAGAAGAUGAUACCAUUCUAGUUCGACUUCUCCCAUCGUCUGUUGUCACACUGUGGCUCUCAGACAGCGUCGGGCCUCCAGUGGUUGUACGCCUCACAAGAGCCCUCGACCGCCUCGCGCGGGCUACUUCGGAAGGCCAUUUCCCCUGCCUAAGGAGGAUCCUUUGUCACUUUAGCGAGGAGACUGAGGAUACCGAUGAGGGUAGCCUGGCUCAGCGAUUCGCCAGUUUGGGGGUCUAUCUUGGCUACAGCGUAUGGCCAUACACACGCUGA